AUGCCUCAAAAUCCAAUCCUUGAAGUUGAAGUGUUUGAUGUAUGGGGUAUAGACUUCAUGGGGUCAUUUCCAUCAUCUUUUGGCAACAAAUACAUCCUUAUAGCUGUUGACUAUGUCUCCAAAUGGGUGGAAGCUAUUGCAAGUCCCACCAAUGAUGCUAGAGUUGUAACCAAGAUGUUCAGGAGCACCAUCUUUCCAAGGUUCGGGGUUCCAAGAGUUGUAAUCAGUGAUGGAGGGUCUUAUUUCAUCAACAAACUGCUUGAGGGACUUCUCAAGAAGAACAGUGUAAAGCACAAGGACAGCUUACAAGACACCUCUGAGGACCACACCUUUCAGCCUAGUGUACGGGAAAGCUUGCCAUCUGCCAGUGGAGCUUGA